AUGAACACGUUCGUGAACAUAUCCUACCCAAAACUCAAAUUAGAAGCACUAGACGUCACACAUAAUAGCAUUACCAACAUUUCAGAGGAUGCUUUUAUCAACCUGUCGCAGCUGAAGAAGUUGAUUUUAAAUGAAAAUGACGUACCAAUCUACUUCUUAAAGACUGCCUUUAGGUAUCUCAAUAAGCAAUACUUCAGGUACCUGGCAAUGAACAACAUGUCAUUACAGCACGUAGACGAAUUCUUUUUUGAAAGCCUCAAUAAUACAGGUGUUAUGUACAUAACUAUGGAAAUUAAUAACUUUAAAUCGUUCAACAUGUCUGUAUUUCGUCCGCUCGGGAGUCUAGGAUACGUUGAUCUUUCGUACAAUUUCAUAUCCGAGUUGUACUUAGAUCCCGACGUUAGCGUACACACCCUUAAAAUCAACAAUAAUAAAGUGUCCAUCAUUGUCGGAAAUAAAUGUCCAAAGAUACAGAGACUUUAUCUGAAGCACAAUGAUGUUUUAUAUCUCAACACGGAGUUCUUGAGGUCUUUUCCUAACCUUAAGGUCAUAGAUCUGUCGCAGAACCCUGUCAAAAAGAUUUACAGUAAUGCGUUUGCCUCUUUACAUAAACUAAACACCAUUAGGCUCUCUGGUUUGUGUAGUGUAAAAACAAUUGAAAAUAAUGCUUUUAACAACAGCAAAGUGAAGAGCAUUUCAUUAAAAAAUAACAAAUUGCAUUUUUUUAAGCACCAUCCAAUAUCUAGUGGUAUGUUUAUCGGUUGUGACAGUUUGGUUCAGGUUGAUCUUUCCGACAAUAAUAUGAUUAAAACUAGUCAGAAAUACUUAACAAAAUUAUUUAGACCAAUCUACCGUCGAGCAACACACAUAAGUUUAGCAAACUGCGGGCUUGGAAUGUAUCCAACAGCACUGUCAUCGUUCGACAAACUUUCACAUUUAGACUUGACAGGCAACGAAAUCACAGUCUUGGAGAAAAGCUAUUUUCCUAACAACUUGCUCUGGAUCAGCUUGAAAGCCAAUUACAUCACGUCGGUUGCAAAAAGUUCCUUACCAGAAAAUGUAACUGAAAUGAAAGUAAAUCUGGCCCUAAAUCCUUUUGAUUGUACCUGUGACUUGCUGUGGUUUCUGGAUUUGUUUGCAAGGACACGAGAAAACGACACAUUUCACCAGUCGAGUCAGCUGUAUCAGUGUGCUAGUCCGUCGUCUGAGAAGAACCUACACAUAUCGACAUAUGCAACAAAAAUUGGACAGCAGAAAUGUUUACUUCCAAUGGACAUGAUUACUACCAUCACGUUUGUUUUGUCUUUCUUUAUAGUUGUCAUGUUUGUUGGAACCGUAUUGUAGCUCUACAGAUGGCAUUUGCGCUAUUUCCUGUACACGGUGCGCAGUAGCAGAUCACCAAGACAGUCGGAAGAGGCCGUGGAGUACGAAUUUGAUGCAUUCAUAGCUUAC